UAAGGGAGUCAUAAGCAAUAAAGGUCGGUUAGUUCGUCGGAGAGACACCUUCGGCGAGGAAGCAUGCCUCAGCGCCCACUCGGAAUACAUCAGUAGCGCGUACACAAUCACAUUCUGUUCGAUAUGCCAUCUUGACGGCAAAUCUAUUAAACGGAUGUUCAAAAAGUACUCACUUUCAGAAGUAAAGAUGCGCAAACAACUUGCGCGUAAGUUUGCGCGCGAAGGGCUGCGCGCGUACGUCCGCUACGUAAACGCCGCGAGGAAGGGAAAGCUGGAGGAAUUCAAGAGAGACUUCUUCAACCAAGGAUUUUCAGAGUCGAUGUUUUUCCGCAUGUACCUGACUUAUAGCAAGUCUGUCGGAGAGUUCGAGGUGAUGGAGAGCUGCGCGCUGCAAAUUCAGCGAGUGUGGCGUGCGAAGGUGCUUCGCCGAAAGGUUGAAAUCGCACAGUAUAGGGCGCGGAUGGAUCGAGCCGGACUCCAGCCAAGGCAAAGUACGGGUCCGCGUCUGCUUGGCGGCUUUGCCAGGGUGAAAGACUUCAUCAAGGCUGCGAAAGCUAUGAACGAACCUCUGACAGAAAGUCAGAGGCUUGAGUGUAUGGAACUAAAUCAGAGACAGAUGAUGGAGUCGCUCGCCAGACUUCAGGAGUCGCUGAACGAGCUGGCACAUUCUCACGAUCUGUAUAGGGACGCCCCGAGCUUCCAAUAAUAAGUAGUCUACACUCGUAGAGUUGUGUAAAGCCUCUAGCCAGCCAGCGCU